UAGGAUACAUAAAUACAUCUCCCGGGUCUACAUAAACAACGGUCGAGCCUCCCCCGGAAAGUAGCCCGAACACAGCCAGACAGACGCGCCGCAACGCCGCUAAACAGACACCACGUGGGAGCAAGCAGAGACAGACGGGCUGUUGAACUCACUCGCUCAGUAGGACCUCUGUCUUGAUCCAUCAUGAAUUUCUUCCUGGAAACGAUCAAAGUCCUCCUGCUGUCCAUCUGGUACAAUGUGGAAUCUUUCAUCCACAUCUUUGUGCCCACGAAGAAGAAGAACAUCGCUGGUGAGGUGGUGCUGAUCACGGGGUCAGGUAGCGGGAUCGGCCGCCUCAUGGCUCAGGAGUUUGCGGCUCGUGGCACUGUGCUGGUGUUGUGGGAUAUUAACCAGGACGGGAUGAAGGAAACUGCUAGACUGGCUAAGCAGAGCGGAGCCAGCAGAGUCCACUACUAUCUGUGUGACUGCAGCGACAAGAACGAGGUUUACAGAGUGGCUGACCAGGUAAAGCGAGAGGUGGGUGACGUCAGCAUUCUGGUCAACAAUGCUGGGAUCGUGACAGGAAAGAAGUUCAUGGAUGCCCCCGAUUCCCUGAUUGAGAAGACGGUGGAGGUCAACACCAUGGCUCACUUCUGGACCUACAAGGCCUUCCUUCCUGCCAUGAUUGCCAACAAUCACGGCCAUCUUGUCAGCAUUGCUAGUUCUGCUGGACUCAUAGGAGUCAAUGGAUUGGCAGACUACUGUGCCAGUAAGUUUGCAGCAGUAGGUUUCGCAGAGUCUGUGGGUCUGGAGCUGCUGGCAACUGGGAAAGAUGGUGUCAAGACCACCAUUGUGUGCCCGUACUUCAUCAACACUGGAAUGUUCAAUGGGUGUCAAACUAAGUGGCCAAGACUGCUGCCAAUCCUGGAUCCAGACUAUGUAGCCAAGAAGAUCAUCAAUGCUGUGCUCACAGACCAGGUCUUCCUGCUGAUGCCCAAGAGCAUGUACCUCAUCACUGCUCUCAAGAACGUCCUCCCCAUGAAGCAGGGCAUUAUGCUGGGCCAGUACCUGGGAGCCUUCAACCUCAUGGACACAUUCAGGGGACGCUCCACAAAACAGGAGUAAAUGAAGAAAGAGAAGUUAAGGAUGAGUAAUAUGGAAGGAGACAUGCAAAUAUUAAAGCUAUCUACCUAUUGUGUAUUGGUGUAAUAAGACAGAACAGUAGUCGUGAAGGUUGGACUUGAUUGCUCCUCUCAUUUCAAUGGUUCAUGUAUUGAAGCAUUGAAUGCCCGUUAGUCUCUUUAUAUCUCUCUGUUUUAAUCCUUAAUAUCCUUAACGUACCUGUUUUUAAAUGGCAUGAUCAUUAGUACAAUUUUAAUUGUAAUCUUAUUAAUAACAGUUUGUAAUUGUGUGCUCAUAAUGGCCUCCUAAAUUCAGCCAGCUAGUGUUGUUGCAUUCUAAUACUUCUUGAGGACCAAUCAUGAUGAUGUAAUGAUGUAUCAUCAGUCCACAAACAGCCAAGUCAAACAUUUCCUAUAAUAACAGGGCUCAAAGUCAAAUGCCAUGUUUGAUUUGAAUGUCCGUUCUGUAAAUUUGUAAUAUUGUGGUGUGGUUGGAGCCACAGCUACAAUUGCUUCAACACAAAUGGAAGCAAUACAAAAUGCUGACACUGCUUUAUUCUGAUAUGUUAGCACUGUUGCGAAUGGAGCCAUAAUAAUCAUCUCUAAAGUGUUUUGGGCACACUUUUGUUGUUAAUCUGGCUCAGGGUUUUUCAGUCUAAAUCAUUUCCCAUUAAAAAAAAGCAAAUGCUCAUACUCAGGAACAGUGACCCCUACUAUGUGAUACCUCACCUUGUAAACUUUGGACCACCUGAAGCUCUUGUGUGUUCAGACUGAACAAAAAGCUAUUUUCUCCUCGUGUUGAGUUUGAAAGCUUGUUUGUUUUUGAAGUAUUUUUUUUUUUUGCAAACAGCAAAUGUACGGACUGUUAAGACAUAGCUGUAAUUAGCUAGCACUGUAGCAGCGCGUACUAGCAUGCUACAGCUAGCUGGAGUGUGAGAGGAGACCUCUACUUUUCUUUUUGUUUCCAUAUAUUGAUGAAAGCCUCGAGAUGAGCACAAAAAUAUGAAAUCUAAACAUCUUUAUACUUGUGCGGUGGUCUUAAGCACAAGAAGGCUUGUCAUCUUCAGUGAGUAAGGUGAACGUCGGCCCUUUAUCCCUCGUUUCAGCUAGUUUACUCGAUGGUUUCCUAGCAACACUCCCAGCUGUGCUUUAACGUUCCAAAAUGUUGUGGAUGGAGGCAUCAUAGGGGGCUUGUAUACAGUCUGUGCAUGUCUCCUGUGGAUGAAAACAUUCUCAGAAGUCUUUUUUGAAGUAAUAUGCAUGUAUUUGCACUCAGUCAUUACACUUAUUAAGCACAUUUACUACCACACAAGCCUCAGUCUGUAAUGGUUAUAUUAUAAAGAUUAUAAUACAAAUCACUCAUCCAAUCCACUCAUUAGUUUUCAUUUAACAGUGCCAUUAUUAAUAUGUAAUGUGUAAUGGAUUGCCAUCAUUUGAAUGUGUGUUAUUUGAUAUUUUUUUUAUAUGGAACACAACUUAUGUAACGGUCACCUUUACUGAUCUAUCUUCAUUAGGAGAUAUUAUGCACCUGUUGUCACAAACAUUCUAACCGUUCAAUGAGUGCUAAAGAAAGAUAGUAAUGUCAGGAGUUUAGAGAAAUGUAUCUUAAGGUACAUUUUACUACACGUCAUGUUUUAAGAACUUUUAAGUGCAAACUACCUGGAAGUGAAAAUUCUGAUCAAUAAAUUCACAUUUUAAUGUUU